CCCCCCCGCCCCGAAAUGGCGGGCUCCCCGCGGCACCGCGGCCGGGCUUUCCACAAACAGCCGAAACGCCGCAAAACACUAAGGCCUUUCCAGGAAAACUUUGCUCAGGCGCCAGCGGUCGUGACCGGGCGAGCCCCGGCCCUGCGCAGCCGCGCUCCCAGCGCCCUGUUUUCCACAGGAUGGCUCGGGGGGAGGCGGUCCAGUCAACGCCCCCAGCACAAAGCUGGGGCAAGCAGAGCAGGCCGCUACGGAGUUUUUUGCCCUUUUCCUAAGUGUACAGGUUGCCUUUACUUGGUAGACACGCUAGCAGGAGAUCCAGAGGUUCUGCAAGUAGAUGCUGAAACAUACUAUGAAAAACUCUUGAAGAAGUCAUCAUCCACUCAUGAUGUUUUUUUGAUCCCUGGAGAAGAAGAGGUUAAACUUGAAGAUUCCUCUGUGUGUUUUGUCCCUCUCUACCGAAAUAAUCCUACUUGCAAACUGUUGCUGUUAACUGAUCCAAAGGAUAAAGAGACAGUUUUGGCAGUUUAUUUGAACCAGUGUUGGUGGCCUGUUGAAGAAGUAGUAAAGACAGCUGAUCCUUCUAGAGAUGGGCUAAUUUCGGUCCAGACGUUUGGAGAAAGGAUUGUCCUCUUUGUUCUGAACUACAUUAUUUUUGGAAUGCUGGAAGGGAGUUCAGCUAAUGAUGCAUUUUUUCUACCUCACUCUGCCACCGAGUGUGCCAAGAUACUCUGGAGAGAUGGCGAGGCUGUUGCCUUUUACUCGGUCAAGAUGAAAGGGAGCCUAUGUGAUGGUACAACCAGUCAAUGUUACUUGCUGCCAGUUUUGGAUACUAUAUUUGUCCGGAGAAAGUACAGAAGAGGUGGCCUAGGGAUGAAAAUGCUGCAUGAUUUCUGUCAGUCUUUCAUGGCUGAGGAUGCCUUGGGGAUCAGCUGUCCUAUUUCUGCCGCGAUGUAUCAAGUUUGCCAGAAGUUCUUGCAGUCUUAUCCUGAGGAGCAGAAGCGACUGUGGGAGGUGGAAGCACCAGGAGAUUGGAGCCAGCGAGUGAAUAUCUGGUUAAAAAUUCAGAUGGAGUCAUCCCCUUCUGGAAAGGCUGAAGUGGGUUCUCAAAUGGAGUAUGCUCAAACCAGUGAACCCAGACAAACAGAUACGAACCAGAUGAAUAAGGGUGUUGAAUACAUUCCUGGUGUUGGGAAAGUGGCAGGAGAUUCCACAGAAAAAAAAGAUGACACAGCAGCAGCAGGGACUCUAAACACACAAGGGUCUGAACAAGAGGACUUAGAACAAGGUGCAGGCAACACUCAGCAAUGCAAAGGAUUCAGAAAAAGAGCAGGCCCUGGGGGCUCAGUUGGAGACAAAGCCACCAAACAAUUUAGAAUUAUACCAUAAUUGCACUUUCAGAAAUCAGCAAAAUCUGUGGUCUUAAAAAUUAUAAUUGACUGUUCAUAAUUUGUAACGCUGGAGAGAUUUCUUCAGGUAAGGUAUGAAUUUUUUGCAAGGCACAUGUUCUCCAUCUUGUGUUUUGUUUUAAAUAAAGCUUUUCUU